AUGGCUGAGGCUGUGCUUGAACUUGUGCUUCACAAUUUGAGCUCACUCAUUCAUAAGGAGAUUGCCAUAUUUCUGAAUUUUGAACAAGACUUCAAAAGUCUUGCCAGCUUGCUAACUACAAUCAAAGCUACACUUGAAGAUGCUGAAGAGAAGCAAUUCACUAACAGAGCUAUCAAGGAUUGGUUGCUUAAGCUCAAAGAUGCUGCCCAUGUCCUCGAUGACAUCUUGGACGAGUGUGCUACUGAAGCAUUGGAGUUGGAGCAUGGAGGAUUCAACUGUGGACCAUCACACAAGGUACAAAGCUCUUGCAUAUCUUCUUUAAAACGUAACCAAGUUGCUUUCCGUUACAAAAUUGCUAAGAAAAUGAAAAGGAUAAGGGAGAGAUUGGACGAAAUAGCUGAAGAAAGGGGUAAGUUUCAUUUGACUGAGAUAGUAAGAGAGAAGAGAAGCGGAGUAUUCGAUUGGCGACAAACUACCUCAAUCAUUACUCAACCUCAAAUUUAUGGCAGAAAUGAAGAUAAGGAUAAAAUUGUAGACUUUCUGGUUGACGAUGCUUAUGCUUUUGAGGAUUUAUCAGUCUAUCCAAUAGUUGGUCUAGGUGGACUUGGGAAAACAACACUUGCACAACUUAUCUUUAAUCAUGAGAGAGUAAUCAACCACUAUGAGCUAAGAAUUUGGGUGUGUGUUUCUGAAGAUUUCAGCUUGAAGAGAAUGACAAAACCUAUCAUUGAAUCAGCAUCAGGACAUGCCUGUGAGGAUUUGGAUCUAGAGCCAUUGCAGAGAAAACUUUUAGAUUUGCUAAAUGGAAAAAGGUAUUUGCUAGUGUUGGACGAUUUAUGGGAUGAUGAACAAGAGAAUUGGCAGAGGUUAAAAUUUGUAUUGGCUUGUGGAGGCAAGGGUGCUUCAGUUUUGGUAACUACUCGUCUUCCAAAGGUAGCAGCAAUUAUGGGAACCGUGUCUGCUUAUUAUUUAUCAAAGCUAUCUGACGAUGAUUGUUUGAAAUUGUUUAAACAACGAGCCUUUGGACCAAAUGAGAAAGAAUGUGCAAACCUUAUGGUCAUAGGGAAUGAGAUAGUAAAAAAGUGUGCGGGAGUUCCACUUGCGGCAAUAACACUGGGAAGUCUCUUGCGUUUCAAAAGAGAGGAAAAAGAGUGGCUCCAUGUCAAGGAAAGUAAGCUAUGGAGUUUACAAGGUGAGAAUUCUGUCAUGGCUGCGUUGAGAUUAAGUUAUUUGAAUUUGCCCGUAAAAUUGAGACAGUGUUUUUCCUUAUGUGCGCUAUUUCCCAAAGAUAAUAUAAUAAGCAAACACUUUCUAAUAGAACUGUGGAUGGCUCAUGGAUUUAUUUCAUCCGUUGAAAAGUUGGAAGAGGAGGAUAUUGGCAAUGAGGUGUGGAAUGAAUUGUAUUGGAGAUCAUUUUUUCAAGAUAUUGAGAUUGAUGAAUUUGGAAAAAUUAAAAGUUUCAAAAUGCAUGAUCUUGUUCAUGAUCUUGCUCAAUCUGUUGCAGAAGAAGUAUGCUCCAUUACGGAUGACAACAAUGUACCUAGUACAUCUGAAAGAAUUCGCCACCUCUCAAUUUAUAGGAGGAAAUCCUUAAGGGAUGUCAGUUCAGUUCGGUUGGCGAAUGUGAAAUCAUUAAAGACGUGUUUAAAGCAUGUUGACCAACUUUCACCUCAUGUAUUGAAAUGUUAUUCUUUACGAGUGCUUGACUUCGAAAGAAGAACAAAGUUGUCAUCUUCAAUUGGUUGUUUAAAAUAUCUAAGAUACUUGAAUUUAUCUGAUGGUAAGUUCAAAACUCUUCCAAAAUCGAUAUGUAAGUUGUGGAACUUGCAGAUUUUGAAGUUAGACAAUUGUUAUCAUCUGCUUAACUUACCUAAUAGAUUGACAGAAUUGAAAGCUCUACAAAGCAUAUAUUUGACCAACUGCUACUCAUUAUCAAGCUUGCCCCCCAUGAUAAGGAAGUUGACUUUGUUGAAAACUUUAACUUUGUAUAUAGUCGACACAAAGAAAGGGUUUUUUUUGGAAGAAUUAGGACACCUAAACCUUAAAGGAGAUCUUUAUAUUAGGCACUUGGAGAGAGUUAACAGUGUAAUGAAUGCCAAAGAAGCCAAUAUGUCGAGUAAGAACUUAAAGCAAUUGCGACUGUCAUGGGAGAGAGAUGAAGAGUCCAAUUUACAAGAAAAUGUUGAGGAGAUUCUUGAAGUGCUUCAACCUCAGACUCAACAACUUCAAACUUUAGGUGUGCAAGGAUAUACCGGUUCCUAUUUCCCACCAUGGAUGUCUAGUCCUUCUUUGGAAAAUUUAACUUUUCUACAACUAAUGGAUUGCAAAAGUUGUUUACACCUUCCAUUGUUGGGAAAACUACCUUCUCUAAAGGAUCUAAGAAUAUUGAACAUGAGUCAUGUAAUAUAUGUAGAUGAGGAGCCAUGUGAUGGUGGAGUUGUAUGUUUCGUUAAAUUAGCAGUUCUAGUACUCGUAGAGCUGCCAAAUCUGGUAAGGUUAUCAAGGGAGGAUAAAGAAAACAUGUUUCCGUGUCUUUCAAGACUUCAAAUUACCGAAUGUCCUAAACUUUUAGGCUUGCCUUGCCUUCCGUAUCUCAAUGAUUUGCGUAUAGAAGGGAAAUGCAACCAAGAUUUGGUAAGUUCAAUUCAUAAACUCGAUAGUCUUGAAUCACUUCGAUUCAAAGAUAAUGAAGAUCUAACUUGCUUUCCAGAUGGGAUGCUACGGAACCUCACAUCUCUAAAGAUAUUAGACAUUUACGGGCUAUUCAAACUUGAGCAACUCCCAAUUGAACUCAUUUACCUUAAUGCUAUCCGUGAAAUACAUAUCACGGACUGCGAGAACCUCAAGCCAUUGACAGAUGAAGUAAUACAAGAGUUGCAUUCUCUUAAGAUAUUGGAAAUUGUGAGGUGUCCAAAGUUUGAUUCAGAGUCACUCAGAAAUAGAAGGUUUCGACGAGGCUUUACGACAUACUAGAAGGUUUUUGAUGAAGCUUAUGUAAUAUGAAUGCCCUUCAGUUGACGAAAAUGGCGAUGGUGUUAAUUUCAGUGCUGCAUAUGAUUUAACAGGGAAACAUUACGACAUUCAUCAUACUAAAGUUGUUGUGAAUGAUGAUCAUGAGGUCAACAUCGUUGUUCCUAAAAUCAAGAAUGAGGGAGAGGAAAGUCACUAUGUGGUGAUUGAUGUCAAUGUUGAGUAGUAGAAGAUGAAGAAUAUGAUCUUUGAGGUAUUUUUUAGGGUUAAUUGAUGUAAGUAUGUAGGUUUUAAAUUGUGACUGACUUGUGUUGAUAGCUGUGUUAAGCAUUGAGACUUCAAAUUCAAAUUGAACUUUUUGUAAAUGUGAUAUUGUAUUGCUUUAAUGUCAUGUGUAUGAUGAAUU